AGAAAUCAACAGUACAAUAAGGACGAAAAAAUGAAGUUUGUGUUCCUGUUGAUAGCUGUAUCUGUAGCCUAUAUGGCAGCAGGGGAUUCUAUAAGAGUAAAGAGACAGACAUCGGCUCCAUCCGGUACCAACACCCCACAACCUGGGGCACUACCCUCAACCACCAGGACAUCAACUACUACACCGACACAACCCUCUACAACCAACGCACAAACGACAUCACCCCCAAGCACCGAGUCUCUCAGUACUUCUCUUGGUGGUUCAAUGCCACUCUCAACCAAUACGACAACUACUCCCGCGCCACUGCCCCCUACCAUCACCCUACAAACGGCACCACCCCCAA